AUGGCGACUUCGGCGUCCAUUUGGAAGGGAAAAGGAAAAGCAGCCACCUCGGACAGCGACUUCACAGACCUCAACCCAACGAUCACGUAUCGUCAUUUACUUUCACAAAACCUCGGUGUCAGGGACCCUUUGCGGGUGGUUGGCCUAUGCGACAGCGAUGCAUUCUACGCUGCCUGCGAAAUGGUUAGGCUUGGUGUGGACAAAGAUACCCCACUCGUCGUUCUCCAAUGGGAUUCCUUAAUCGCCGUCAACUAUCCAGCCCGGAAGUAUGGAAUAUCAAGAAUGGACAAGAAGAAGGACGCGUUGAAGAGAUGUCCGCAUCUAAAGGUCGUCCAUGUUGCCACAUACAAGGAGGGAGAGAAGGAACCCGGGUACUGGGACAAUGUCGAUACGAACACUCACAAGGUUUCACUUGAUUAUUAUAGGCGUGAAAGCAUGAAGAUUGCCGCACUGUUUAGAGAGCUACUGCCUGGCUGUGAAGUAGAAAAGGCGUCCAUUGAUGAAGCUUUCAUCGACUUCACGAAACCUGUGCGAGAGGUUCUUCUACAGCGAUAUCCCUACCUUGCACAGGUUCCGCCAGAUGCCCCAAAUGGUGUGGAUACGCCUCUUCCUCCACCGCCUCCCAUAUCGUGGUACGGCACUGGAGACCUCAUUCCUAUCAACCCUGUUCCAGCGACAUCAACGUUAACAACCGGACCUGUAGAGGGUCAAGAUCAGCCAUCGACAUCUAAGCAACAGCCAGCGGAAGAAGCGGUCCACGAUGAAGGACUUCAAGAUGGGGAAGACGCCAACACUACCUGGCAUGAUGUAGCUCUGUCAAUAGCCGCAGGGAUGGUGAUGAAGGCCCGGAAAGGAGUAUUGGAACAACUCGGCUACAGCACCUCAGCCGGCCUGGCUAGAAACAAGUUCCUCGCCAAAUUAGCAGCAUCGUAUCGGAAGCCUUUCGGCCAGAACAUCCUCAGGAAUGCAGCGAUACCCAACUACCUGAUCCCUAUGGCCUUUCAAAAGAUUCGUUUUCUGGGCGGCAAGCUUGGACGCGCUCUCGCACAGGAAUAUGAUGCAGCCACCGUCGGUGAUUUGCUAUCAAUCAGCCUCGAUGAGAUGCAGAACAAGUUUGGAGAAGACUCUAUCUGGGUUUAUGAGAUUCUUCGGCAAUAUAGUGGUAUAGACCGCUCAGAAGUAAAGGAUAAGGGCACGACGCUGACCAAGAGUAUGCUGGCGUCCAAGAACCUACCAAAACCAAUCACUGCCGCAUCGGAAGGCUACCAUUGGAUUAGGGUGUUAGCCGCCGAGUUAGCGCUCAGACUCAACGAGGCACGCCAGAUCUCGCCGAAUUUAUGGCCAAAGAAUAUCGUACUACAUGCUCGAAAAGGUAGUAUCUCUCGAACUGUCCGCGUCCAAUACUCAUAUGGUCGCCUAGGUUAUGAGUCAAGCAGAUCGAAACAGGCCGUUUUCCCGUUCACUCGUGAGGUCACUGUUGACACAGUUGCGGCUGCCGGUGACAAACUGUGGAAAGAAUUGGUGGGAAAUGCGACCACCAUGAAGAUUUCUAGCGUCCAGCUGUCUUUCACUGGGAUCGACGUUUCAGAGCCGGGCCAGCAGAGUAUCGAAGGCUUUUUCAAAUCCAAGCCGCCAAGUAAACGACAGAGGGAAGAUGACCACGGAGGCACCUCUACGCUACCAGGGGGUGAUGAAAAUGAACACUCUCCGAGUUCCAGAGGCACCCCAGGGACAUCAUUCACAUGCCCAAGGUGCAACAAGACCCUGAGUUUGAACCCGGAGAUCCAGGCGCUUAUUGAUGACGGGGAACGUGAAGCAGCGUUAGCUUCACUGAAGCUGGAACAUGACGACUGGCAUUUUGCCCGCGACCUUGCACAAGAAGAUAAUCGGACUGCGCAAGCGCAGACCCAAUUCUCAUCGACAUCUAGUACUGCAAAGAAAUCCUUGCAGAAUAAGAAACGACGGAAAGUCGCUGUCGGCAUAGAGAAAUUCUUCGAUAGGAAAUCAUGA